AUGGUAUAUCUUUGGAAAAUAAAUGCACCAUCUGCACUUCAAAUCACUUCAGAUAAGGCAGAUGAUAAUAAUCUCACAGAUCUUAAGAAGGAAGAUUUCUGUGGUGAGGUGGUGAUCGCAAGUGUACCAUCCGCAUCUUCUCGAACGCUGAUUCUUAGAACUAAUUCAAAUAAAAUAGAAUGUCUUUACCAAUAUGCUGUUAAACAUGGCCUCGAUCCUGAGAAAUUUUUGAUCGUUACGGAGGCUAAUAAGAAAAGAUGA